CAAGAUAGAAUACGCAGCGCAAAAGCAAAUUUACUUGAUGAAGGAUUCUGGAUAAAUUCUAGCGCUCUUGUUGAAUUGCUUAAGCCAAUUACUGAAGCAAUAACACGUCUUGAAGGAGAUUCUUCGUCAAUUCAUUUGGUUUGUGAAACUUUCGCGAAAAUCGGUAGUAACAUAUCUACUCAUUUAGAAUGCGUGAAACUAACGGAUUGCGAAAAAACAGAAGCGAUGGAUAAAUUUAUAUCAAGGAAGGAAUACGCCCUUCAACCGAUCCAUUUUGCCGCAGACUUACUAAACCCUCGGUCUGUUGGUGCAAAUUUAUCAUCAGCCGAAAGGAUUGAAGCGAUGAAAUACAUUACUACUAUGUCAACCACGACCACGAUAGAGAUUGGUGAUGAAGGAGUGUCAAAGAUUACUGAGGAUUUAGGAAACUAUUUAGCUAAAACAGACUUUUUUGGCGAAACAUUUUUAUGGAACAUACUCGAUAAUGUCUCUUUGGUUACAUGGUGGAAAGGAUUUUGUGGACAUUCAUGCCUCUCCAAAGUUGCAGUCAGGAUAUUGACAAUGCCGUGCACUUCUGCGGCAACAGAGAGAAGCUUUAGCUCCCAGAGCAGCAUUCAUACGAAGAGAAGAAAUCGCCUAACAACUCAAAGGGCAGCAAAUUUAAAUUAUAUACAAUAUAAUUCAAAAUUGCUGAAACGUUCACGACAACAUCACAUACAAAGUCAAUAUCCUAUAGAAGAGACUGUACAGAACAACGUUUCGAUAGAAGGUAGAAACUUACAGAAGGAGAUAGAAGUAAUUGAAAACCAUAUUUCCGAAGAGGAAGAAUUAGACGAGACAAUAUCAUCAUGGCAUUCAAAUACAACAGGAAAUGGAAAUUCCGACGAUGAUUUUAAUUUUGCUGACUUUGCAAUGACCGAUGAUGAAAUUGAUCAAAGAAUGGAAACUAGGGAACAGAGACCAGCACGCAUUUUGAGACAAAGCAAAGUGAACAUUUUAGAAAACGUCUUAAUGAAAUCGGUAAAUUAGUGUAAACACAUACAUAUUUAUUGUUUAUAUUCCAAAAUUAUCAAUUUCAGGGUAAAGGCACAGAACAACCCCAAAAAAAAACGGAAGUCGAGAAGGAUACUUCAGAUGCCGAAAACAAGGUAGUUAGAUCUGUAUAUAUUAUAUUAUAAACCCAUUAUUUUUACUCUCUAUGUUUACAC